AUGUUAUCCAUCAGCAAUUUUCUUAAAUGUGCCGACGGUGAUAGAAAUAAUGUGGAUGUGGAUAACGGAGAAAACAGUACGAGUGGAAUGUCUAAAAACAGUGCAGUGAGCUCUAGUACCGCUGGUAAAUCUAGUAGCAUGUGUAAUAACCAAUGCUCUCGAAUCCCAAAAUGUGCCCGUUGUCGGAAUCAUGGUGUGAUAUCUGGUCUAAGAGGACAUAAGAAGCAUUGUACGUACAGGAAUUGUAGAUGUCAAAAAUGUGAAUUAAUAUUGUCACGUCAAAAAAUUAUGGCUGCUCAGGUUGCACUAAAGCGACAACAAGCUGUGGAAGAUGCAAUUGCGUUACGCCUUGCAUCUAGUGAAAUGGGUACUCAAUUAGAAAUGCUUCCGCCUGGAAAAAUUUAUGGGAUGACUGUAACGGACCCUUGCUCAUCUCCGCAACUAGAAUCACCAUCGACCAUGGAUAUUACGUCCUCAUCAUCUCGUAGCAAUAUCCAAAAAAAAUCGGAUUUAGUCACGAAUGAAACAUCUCAAGUAAAAGAUAAUGCAACGGUCUCGCAGAAUGCUCUAGAUAUGUUAUCCCAACUUUUUCCACAUAGAAAACGAUCUGUUCUUGAGCUGAUAUUAAAGCGUUGUGAUUUAGACUUAUUGACGGCAAUAGAACAGUGUAGUAAAAAUACUCCAUCAAGCGCUUUUAAACCACCAGUUUCUUCAGCAUCACACAUGACCCAUCAUCAGCUGCCUUAUAAUCAACCUACGAACUAUCCAUCGCUUAUUGCUUACCCGAAAUGGCUGCUUCCAAUGUCUAUUCCAGUACCUAUGGGACACUUAGCACCAAGUUUAACUCCAAGAUGCACCCUACCCAAUUGUGUGAUGUGUGUACAUCACCCUGUAUGA